UCGGGCGAUUUCGACUGUUCCUCCCGAAUCAAAAUGGCGAACGAAGUGGAAGUAGCUCCGCUUCGGAGUUUGGAUGAUUUUCUUCUCGAAUCAGCCCGCUUUCAGCUUCCAAACGUUAAGGAUUUGGAGAAAUGGGGAAACAGAGUCGUCAACAACCUCUUGUACUACCAGUCCAACUAUUUCGUCCUUGCCAUCCUAGCCUUCCUUGCCGUUGGAAUCCUGCACCCUUCCAAAAUGUUGUGCGGAAUGCUUGCUGUGGCCGUAGCAUUCGGCCUGUUCUAUUAUGUCACCAAUUCCAAGAGGGCUGCCACGAAGUUCAAAAGAGACCACCCAAUUCUCAGCAUCCUGAUUAUUCUGGCAGGUGGCUACUUUAUUGUUCACGUUCUCGGAUCCGUGGUGGUGUUCUUGUUUGGCAUCCUCCUGCCAAUAAUGUUGGUGUUCAUUCAUGCAUCAAUGCGGCUGCGUAACAUCAAGAAUAAGCUGACAAACAAGAUUGAGACUAUUGGGCUGAAGAAAACUCCAAUGGGACUUUUUCUUGAUGCACUGGGACAGGAGCCGGAAGCUGGAUCCCACGCCGCCGCGACGGUUGUUCAGGCCGGAAGCGAACUGGCAGACAAGCUGGAAGAGAAGCUCGCCCAGAUCGGACAACGUAUGAAAAUUAACAGGAACCGGUGAUGAUGACUUCCCGUGCCAUUUUGGAGCAACUUCGCGAACCUUCGUCAGCAUGCUUUUGGAGACUGGAGCGCGACUGGAGCGACGUCGCAUUUGCACCGACUUUCGCCUUGAGGCUGAAUGGACUUCGCCUUUUCUUCUUCUUUCUUUUUCCUUGCGUUAUUUUGCUACAUGUUUGCAAUGCAUUCGCACAGUCGUUUCCACUCUUGGAUCUCUCGCACAAUUUUGUCUGCUCCGGUGCUUGCUUUGCGGACCGCGAAAAAUGUGUGGUGUGCCUUACCGUAAAGUCCCGAGAGAUAGCCCACCUAAAAUCGAGAGAAAAUCGAACGAAACUAUGAGGUGGGCUAACUUUCAGUCUGGUGGGCAACUUUCAUGUGGGUAACUUUCAGUUCUUUUAAGCCGGGGGCUUAGUCAGGGGUGCGUUAUCUUUCGGGGGUGCGGCAUUUCUCGGGAUUUUACGGUAUAUGAAUUACUUAUUUAUACCAACCUAAGGCUGCACGUGUGAGUGAGUCAAGCUGCAGUAACAACGAAGAAACCAAAUGAAUAAAGCCAAGCUUUCAGUGCUAAAUUUUCGUCUGGUGUGUUCCUGUUGAGCAGACCUUCUCUGUAAAGCAAAUAAACGUAUUGGUUUAAUUUGUCAUUUAUCCUGACCGACACGCAUGUAUAACCAGUGAAGAAAAUAAAAGUGCGUGACCUUAA